UUUAUUUCUAAAAAGUGAGUUAUGUGUUAGACAAUUAUUACGCGGUUUCAUCACAAAGUUUACUACGCGAUGCACAUCAUAUAAUUGAGAAAAGAGACAUAUUGAGAUUGUGGAAUUAAACACAAGUAAAGGGAUGUCAAACCUUUUUGAACGUGAAUUUGAUAUGAGUUCUGCCGACGUUUUACAGCGCCAGAAACAGCUUGAGAGGAUUGAAGAAGAAAAGGCUAAAACGAAAAUGGCAAAAGAAAUUCAGAGGCGCCAGAGAGAAGAGGAAAAACGGCGGGAUAUGGAGAUGUUAAUGAGUUAUAAUCCGUGGAACAAGCCAGGAGCCGGAGCUCCAAAGGAAGAUUUAAAGAGACAAAAACUUGUGGAGGCACAACUGGGUAGUAACAUUGAAGAAGACGACGAUGUUUUGGGAGUAGAAAUGAGGAGACAAGAAGAAUUAGCAAGAAAAGAACGUCUGAAACAGAUGCAAGAAACGCAAAUAAAACAUUUUGAGGAGGAGGAGGAGGUAUAUCAGCCAUGGGGUAAAGGUUUUGGAAAUCCUGAACGAGACAAUCGAGGAAAUAUUCGCAGACAUAAGUUUUCAAAUGAACCCCAACAGGGAGCUUUGGAACCUCGACCCCCGACCCAAGAGUUGGGAGUAGCUCUGCCUUUGAGCAAUCGUGGUGGGAACGGUGCCCCUCAAUUAACUGCAAGUGGGAACCUGAAGACUCGGCUAAAGAAAACACUGGAUACUUCGACAGCUCCCGAUCACGUCAACGGAGCUAAUGCUCCGCCACCUUCCGAGGAAGAGGAAAAUUACUACCCCUGGGGAAAAACUGGAGCCGGGGCUCCUCUGAAGGAAAAGAACAUAGCUGGAAGAGACUUUAUGGAAAAGAUGAGAUGA